CGCCGCCGCGUCCCAUUCAUGAGGGCCGCCCGGCUCGGCUGCGGCCCAGGCGGCUCCCGAGGCAGCGGCGGCGGCGGGUGCCUGGGCCUCCAACGCGCCCCCGGCCGGCCCCGCCCCCUCGGCCACUCGCGAGCUCGUCCACCCGGGCCGGUCCUCGUCGUUGCCUUCGUCCGGCUGUCGCCUGCCCUCGGUUGCCCGCGGGCGCCGGCGCGGGCCGGGAGCCGAGCCGCCGCAGUCUCAAACCAUGAAUUAUGUGGGACAGCUGGCCGGGCAAGUGAUUGUCACUGUGAAGGAGCUCUACAAGGGCAUUAACCAGGCCACCCUGUCUGGGUGCAUCGAUGUCAUUGUGGUGCGGCAGCAGGACGGCACCUACCAGUGCUCGCCUUUCCACGUUCGCUUCGGGAAGCUGGGGGUCCUGAGGUCCAAGGAGAAGGUGAUCGACAUAGAAAUCAAUGGCGAUGCGGUGGAUCUUCACAUGAAGCUGGGGGACAACGGGGAAGCUUUCUUUGUGGAGGAGACUGAAGAGGAGUAUGAGAAACUUCCUGCUUACCUUGCCACCUCACCCAUUCCUACUGAAGAUCAGUUCUUUACGGAUAUUGACAGCCCUCGGGGGAAACCAGGGGGGAAUGAAAGGCCACCUCAGAGCUCUGACAUCUCCCCCGUCCUAGAAACGGAGACAGUUUUUGCCCCCAGUUCUGUGAAGAAGAAGAAACGGAGGAGGAAGAAGUGCAAACAGGACAGUAAGAAGGAAGAGCAGACCGCUUCCCCCGCUGCUGAAGAUGCCGUGGGCGUGGACCUGAGCUCAGACGAGGACAAGGGGCUGCAGGCAAUAAGAGGAUCUUCAAAUGCUUCCUUAAAGGAAGAAGAAUAUAAGGAGCCUCUGCUCUUCCACUCAGGAGAUCACUACCCUCUAUCUGAUGGAGACUGGUCCUCUUUAGACAACCCCUACUCCCCAGCAGCAUGUCCGAAGAGUGACUCCGAGCUGGAGUUGAAACCGGCCGGGAGCCUGCUCAGAUCCGAGUCCCACAUGGAGUGGACGUGGGGCGGGUUCCCAGAGUCCACCAAGGUCAGCAAAAGAGAGCGAUCUGACCACCAUCCUAGGACAGCUACAAUUACUCCAUCAGAAAAUACCCAUUUCCGGGUAAUUCCCAGUGAGGAUAGCCUACUGGGUGAGGUGGCAAAGGAUGCGUCCGUGGGGGAGACCGUCUGCACGAUUGUGAAGCCCAGGCCCCGGGCCCCAGGGAAGCAAAGGAGCGGAGCAGCCUCUGCAGCUGAGCUUCUGGAGCCUCCGGUCCCUGCUCCCUGGGACACCCACCACCCCCUGCCCCCGUCGUUCGCUGAGGUUCCUUCAGAGUCCAAACCGGCUGCUAAAAUUGACUCUCCCUCAAAGAAGAGAGGUGUCCACAAGAGAAGCCAGCACCAGGGACCCGAUGAUAUUUACCUGGAUGACCUCAAGGCACUAGAACCUGAAGUUGCAGCUCUCUAUUUCCCCAAAAGUGAGUCGGAGCCUGGCUCCCGGCAGUGGCCCGAGUCUGACACCUUCUCCGGCUCCCAGUCCCCACAGUCGGUGGGCAGUGCGGCUGCUGAUAGCGGCACCGAGUGCCUGUCGGAUUCCGCCAUGGACCUGCCCGACGUCACCCUCUCGCUCUGUGGGGGCCUCAGCGAGAAUGGGGAGAUUUCUAAAGAAAAAUUCAUGGAGCAUAUCAUCACUUACCAUGAAUUUGCAGAAAACCCUGGACUUAUAGACAAUCCCAAUCUUGUCAUACGGAUAUAUAACCGUUACUAUAACUGGGCGUUGGCUGCUCCCAUGAUCCUCAGCUUGCAGGUCUUCCAGAAGAGCUUACCUAAGGCCACAGUGGAGUCCUGGGUCAAAGAUAAGAUGCCAAAGAAAUCUGGUCGCUGGUGGUUUUGGCGUAAGAGAGAGAGCAUUACCAAACAGCUGCCAGAAGCCAAGGAAGGGAAAUCUGAGGUGCCGCCACCCAGCAACCUGCCAUCGAGCGUGAAGGAGCCGGCCAGCGGCAGGCCGGCCGAGGACGACUCGUCCAGUGAUGAGGGGUCACAGGAGCUCGAAGAGUCCAUCAAGGUGGACCCUGUCGCCGAGGAGCCCCCGAGCCACAGUAGCACGACCUCCUACAAGAAGUCUCUCCGUCUCUCCUCAGACCAGAUCGCAAAACUGAAGCUCCAGGACGGCCCAAAUGAUGUUGUGUUUAGCAUUACAACCCAGUAUCAAGGCACCUGCCGCUGCGCAGGGACCAUUUACCUAUGGAACUGGAACGACAAAGUCAUCAUUUCCGACAUCGAUGGAACAAUAACCAAGUCUGAUGCCUUGGGACAGAUUCUCCCACAGCUGGGUAAAGACUGGACUCAUCAGGGUAUAGCCAAGCUCUACCACUCCAUCAAUGAGAAUGGCUACAAGUUCCUGUACUGCUCCGCCCGUGCCAUCGGCAUGGCUGACAUGACCCGUGGCUACCUGCACUGGGUCAACGACAAGGGCACGAUCCUGCCCCGGGGCCCCCUGAUGCUGUCCCCCAGCAGCCUGUUCUCGGCCUUCCACAGGGAAGUAAUAGAAAAGAAACCAGAGAAGUUCAAAAUCGAGUGUCUAAAUGACAUCAAGAAUCUGUUUGCCCCAUCCAAGCAGCCCUUCUAUGCUGCCUUUGGAAACCGUCCAAAUGAUGUCUAUGCCUACAUGCAAGUUGGAGUUCCGGACUGCAGAAUAUUCACCGUGAACCCCAAGGGCGAACUGAUACAAGAGAGGACCAAAGGAAACAAGUCAUCGUAUCACAGACUGAGCGAGCUCGUGGAACACGUGUUCCCACUUCUCAGUAAGGAACAGAAUUCUGCCUUCCUGUGCCCGGAGUUCAGCUCCUUCUGCUACUGGCGAGACCCAAUCCCCGAGGUGGACCUGGACGACUUGGCCUGAGGUGGCACCUCCAGCGGGGGGACCCGCCAUCGCUCACCUCGCAGCAGGGGAAGGUGACCGGCUCUUCUGCUGGACAGAGGACACGGGGCUACCCUCCCAGCCACAGGUGUGGGAUGAGACGUGCUGACAUCCAGGUGCCAGCAGGGACGGGGAGGGCCGCUGAAGCCGGAACCGCCCUCCCCGUCACCCUCUCGGGCUCAGUGGCACCACCAGCACCCAGGCAGGGGGAGCGACGCCUGGGCUCUGUUGCUGGCUGGUCCUCUCACACACACUGUGACCAGUUGAGGUGUGUGCUGGGUGCUCCUUUAAUUGCAUAAUUUAAAUGAAAGAGGAAAGACACUAAGAGUGGACCAAAACAUUGCACAAAGUAAAGUGGUAUAAUCUCUGCUGGGCAGUUGAGAGUGUUUCUCUCGGAAACGUGGGCUUUCUCCAUGGGCCCAGCGUCCAGUGAGUGAUGGAGCUCCAAACCGCCCAUGCCAGCUCUUAUGUGUGUGCUUCCCUCCCUGCCCCACAGGGACAAGAUGGCUGCUCAGGCUCCCAGGUGAUACACGUGGGCUUCUGGGGAGGAAAAGGCCCUUAGGCCAAGGCUGCCUACUGUGAUUCCUUCUCUCGGGAGACCUGCAGUGUUGUGUCUUGGACCAACCCAAAGGGGCAGGUCUGGCAGGAUGUAUAUGGCGCCGUAGGAGCAGCGCCACCAACAGGAGCUGUGGUUAAACAAGGAAUGGCUCCGUUUUCAGGGAGGCCUUGGAAAUGCACAUGUGCACUUGUGACAGGUCCUGGGAAAUGACCUUUUUCUCUCUCGCUCUGCCUGCAGUGACCUGGUUGUAAUGAGCUGGUGUUGGAGCUGCACAGGCUGCACCAGGGAGAGUUUCUGUCCAUAAGCCCCUCCGGAGCUGUGGGCAUGAGCUGCAGAGAAGAGGCUGGGCAUGGACAGUGCCCUCAGUGUUCAGAUCCAGGGGACUCAGAGAGGAGGCUCUCGGGACCAAAGAUGAUCACACACAGCCCUGCGCUGGGUGAGAAAGCAGUGAGCUGGCUUCCCGAGCGGAGAGGGGGAUGCGGUGGAGACCCUGCAGAGCAGUGUAGCAUGGUCCCAGGCAGUUUCUGUCCCUGCCUCUGCUUUUCCUGUGCCGUGUUGGGGGCACCCCUCAUUCUGAGUAGCUCCACCAAAAUAAUCCUGAUCUAGGGAUGGAGUGCUGGGGAUGGUUAUUUUCCAGAUUGGAGAGUUGAAAGUCUUUGACUCAGUUCGGCUGUUGUUCCUGGUGCUGUUGGAUGCAGAGACAGUGGCAAAGUCCCCUGAACAGAGUUGCCAGAGGCAGAGCCUGGAGGCAGUGCGUCCAGAGGAGCAGCACAGCUUCCUCUGGUGCAGACCUUCCCACCUUAAGUACAAGGACUCACCUUUUACAGCAUUUAUUUGUGUAUAGUAGGGCAGGGAAACCAGGUUAUGUUUAUACGAAGUUCUGCCUAGUUAGUGAAAUACGUUCCUAGGGCAGUGGCCCUGUGGUUACUUCAUCUCAUGGAAGCAGUCAGCGUGUCCCCCGCCAUGUCUGGUUUAAAAUUAGGCGCUUACCUUGAGCUUCAUAGGGCUUCUUUGCGAAUUUGCGGUGUGGAAAUCUUCACACACAUGGAACCCUUUGUAGGUUGUCCUUUAAGGAGCUUCUGACGGUUUCUUUGGCCUGAUGAGCUCUCUUUCUGGCCUCAGGGGCGUCUUGAGGGUUGGACCUGGGAAGCCAGGUCUCUGGCCCCCUGCCGCCCUCUGCCCGGUGUUGGUCAGCACUCAGCUUUGUCAUUUUGUCACUGCAGAUUGAUCCAGUGGGUACAUAUGCUAAUUAACAUGAGUCUUUUUCCUUAUUUAAAGGAGUCCCUCUUGCUGAAAGUAGCUGAUUACUAUUACUAUAGUGUAUAAAAGUAUUGUUUGUGCUGAAAAUCCAUUGCCAUUUGGUACAAAUGACAUUUGUUCUUUCUGUGAAAGAGAGAUGCCCUCGAGUGUGUUUGUACACAGACCCUCACGAUGGCGGCUGGCAGGACCUGUAUGUAGCUUCUCGCUGCUUUGGGUGACGGGCGACACCACGGGGAGGCCGAGGCGGACAGGGCCCUUCUCAGUCACUCUCCCCUUUACUGCACUGGCGAAGGGCUGCAGCCCCUCUCCGUCUCUCCAGUCCAGUCCGACUUGACCUCUGCCUUGAUGUCCACGUGCUGAAGCUUGAACAGCUGUGGUGGCAGAUCUUCGGGGCGUAGGAAGUACACGUGUGGGCGCCAGAGUGCACACACUUAGCCCCUGUGUGUGAGCACUGUGUUGGCUGUGCUUCCAAACAUUUGCUUAGUUUUCAACUGGAAAAAAACUUACUAUGUGAUGUCAUGAAAUGCAAGCUGCUGACAAUCCGGGAACCACAGCCAGCCGAGCGACUGUAAAGUACCCAUGCCCUUGGCGGCACGUGGCCCUUCCAGAGGGUCGCCCGACACAACAGGCAGGGGGGAGACGUUCCUUCUUUGCAAGUUGGUGAAAACAGACUCUCCCAGGGAAUUGUAUCGUCUUUUCGAGUAUCAUCAUAGUUAACUCUGGGAAGCCUUGUUUUCCCCUAUUUUAGAGAAUGCUGGGUUUAAUGAAACUGGUUAAAAAUUAGUUUUUUGUUUAAAGUAAGUGUUCUUUCCAGGUGAGAACUUUUUUGGUUUGUUUUUAAGGUAAGAACAGGAGGGGAAACUUUGCUUUUUUAAUUUAAUCAUUACAUUCAGCCUAGAAUGACUUACUUGAUUAUUAGACAGCGAUACCACUAAAAAGUUUUAAGUUUUCAGAAAUUAAUUGUAAACAUCAGUUCAGUCCUUAGUUUAUGGCAGAGACAACUGUCUUAAGAUAAACCCUCAUUUUGGUGCAGUGUUUGAUGUUCAAAACAAAAUGUUACAACAAUAAAAACAUAAACUGAA